UCUGAAAAAAGGGACUAUGUAUUGGACAAAGCCCCUCCUCCUCCACCCGAGGAUCAGACAUCUGAUGAGUAUGGAGAAUACUUACGUCAUACUGAUGACAACCUCCAAGCUCGGUGCUACAUGUUAGCAUCAAUGUUAAAUGAGUUACAGAGACAGAACGAAUUGUUGAAUAAUGCUUCUGAAAUCCUCCUUCAUCUACAAGAGUUGUAUGGUGAUAGGACGCAACAAAUUAGAUAUCAGAUAUCUAAAGAGCUUUUCAGGUGUCGUAUGACUGAGGGCUCUUCAGUUCAUGAUCAUGGGCUGAAGAUGAUAGCUCUUGUUGAAAGCCUUUCGUUCCUUGGAGUCAUUAUGGAUAAUGAACUCUAUGUGGAUCUCAUGCUGCAAUCUCUGCCAUCGUCAUUUGAUAGCUUUGUUGUUAACUUUAACAUGCAUAAUAUGGAGACUUCUCUGCCAGAACUAGUGAACAUGUUAAAGACGGCUGAAUCCACAAUCAAAAAGGAUAAGCCGGUGCUUCUUGUUGGAUCCACUUCUGGAUCAAAGGCUUUAAAGUCUAAGAAAAGGAAGGGGAAGGGAAAGGUUCCCAAUAAACCCAACAAGAAGGCAAAUAACAACAAAGGAAAGAACAAAGAGAAGGUUAAUUCUCAGUCUAAUUAUGACCAGACAACAAGCAGAGGGGACAACCACGGUCCAAUCCCUUCAACCAGUAGAGCCAACACAACAAUGAUACCAGACCUUGCAACACUCAUGCAGAACCCUGAGUUCGCAAAAGGCUUCUCGACGCUACUCGCCCAAACGAUGCCAGGAACCUCGAGAACCGUACCGGGUCAAUCACUUGCGCCCAUAACCCCGGCCAUACCGACGGCACCACCAUUGCAGCAAGGCGUAAACAACCAAACGCGCUCACACGCGACGUCCCAACCAAGGGACUACGCCCAGACGGUGAACCCCAAAGAGCAGAAUCUACAGGAGAUGACGGCAGAGAGCGAGUCCGGGCAUGUUCAGAGAGAAACAGCCGUCGCUAGACCUUUGUUCAGGCCAGCGGGAAAUCUGGUCGACCUCCGACACCAAAUAGUGAGGGGCCGAACGGCUAGACACGACAAUCCCGAAAUGGAAGCCCUGAGGAGGAGA